GUCUUAAGCGACAUUGUAGGAAAUUAUCAAAACAUUGUAAAAAUUGAUAAAUUAAUCAGGGUGUCCAGAAAUUUAAACCGUUGAAUUUUCAACCAUAAAAAACGGGGGAAUAUUCAUUCAGUAUGGCUUCAAAUGAUAUACAAAUAGAGUACUUCAAAAAUCCAGAGGAACCAACAACUGGAACCAAGCCAAAGGUAUAUAAAGAUGGACAGUACAAUGACCCAUUGUAUAAGAAAUUGUCAAAAAUAAAUGGAGAAAUUAACAAACUGACAAAAGUGGAACUACAAGGAAAACUUAAAGAACAUGGUCUUGACUCAAGGGGUCUGAAGGAGGUUUUAAAGAAGAGGUUGAAGAAUCAUUAUAGGAGACGCAACCUUCGGAAAUCUAAAAUGAAGACGUCAGGAAAGACUCUAUAUGAUUAUCUAGCUGUGAUUGACUUUGAGGCGACAUGCGAUGAGAACAACCCUAGCUACAGACAUGAGAUUAUAGAAUUUCCUAUAGUUCUUGUUGAUGUGGAUAAAAUGGAAAUUGUUUCAAAAUUCCAUGAAUAUGUGAAGCCAAUUGUAAACCCUAAACUGACUAAGUUUUGUACCAAGCUCACUGGCAUUACUCAGGACAAAGUAGACAAAGCGGACACAUUUCCAGUGGUAUUAGAAAGGGUAGAGACCUGGUUACAGGAUCAUCAACUUGGUGCCGAAAAGUCAUUUGCAGUUCUAACAGAUGGUCCAUGGGAUAUGUUUAGAUUCAUGUAUUAUCAAUGUAAAGAGAGUGACAUAGAAAUGCCUGCUUGGUCAAAGAAAUGGGUUAACAUCAGGAAAUCAUACUGUAACUUUUACCACUGUGGUAGGGGAGGUAUAGAAGUAAUGCUGAAAAAUUUAGGAAUGAAAUUUGAAGGAUCACCACAUAGUGGGAUAGAUGACUCAAUCAAUAUUUCUCGAAUUGCCAUAAAAAUGUUAAACGACGGCUGCGGCCUGAACGUAAAUGAACAUAUUCAAAUAAAGUACCAUCCACAUGAGACUGGCACAGUGAGUGCCAGGUACGAGCCUUACAAAGAAGAAUGUGUUAACGAUUCUGAGGAGGAAGAAGAAGAUCAGAAAAAGAAAAAAUCGGAAAAAACGCAGGACAAAUGGGAAAACGAGUCUCAUGACACUUUUGUUAAUGAAAUUGAGAAGUUGACUUUAAAUGAUGUAGAAAAGGGUGAUGAUGAUGAAGAUUUUGAUGAUUUAUUAACAUAUUACAAGUUACAGAAAACAUGAUAAAUGUGUCAUGUGACAUGUUACCUAUGCAUUUCACAGAGCAAUAUGAAAUUUCUGUUCUAAAUUAGAGCAUCUAUAGCCUUUUCAAGAUUAAAUAAAUUUAUGUGAAAUAGA